AAUGUUAGUAAAAAAUAAAUAUAUUUGUCGCAGAGUUGCAAAAAUGUCAUUUAACUACAGUGACUGUAAAAAUGAAAACAAAUAUAAUACUUGCGUUCGAUAUGUCAUUUCCCUACCGAAAAAUUCAAUGUGAAUGCAACAACAAACCUUUUUUAAGCGUACUAUUCGCCACACCAUCACCCAUCCCAGCAUAUAUUCGACCGAAUAGACCACAUCCAGCACGCAGUGAAGAGCUGAGAUUUCUACCAUUUCAUUCAGAAAAAACCACGGCUUGGUUUGGUUUGUGUGCCGGUGGAAUCAUCGGUCAAUAUUUCUUCAAAAAUGAUGCCGGUGAGAAUGUAACUGUCAAUGGCGACUGUUAUCGCGCCAUGAUAACCGACUAUUUGAUGCCUGAAAUUGAAGCUCGUGAUCUCGGCGACAUUUGGUUUCAGCAAGAAUUUAUUGGAGAACACUUAGAUGAGAAGAUAAUUACACAUUUUGGGCCGGUCGAUUGGCCAUAAAGAUCGUGUAAUAUCACACUGUUAGACUUUUUCAAGGGAGGAGAAAGUCUAAAGUAUAUGCGAUCAAUCCCGCUUCGAUUCAGGCCUUGGAGCAAAACAUCACGCAUCAUGCUUGAACGAGUCAUCGAAUAUUGGAACCAACGGAUGGACCAUCUGAGACGUAGCCGCGACCAACAUUUCAAAGAGAUAAUCUUCAAAAAAUAA